AUGUGUUACUAUGGCAGCUACUAUGGAGGCCUGGGCUAUGGCUAUGGUGGCCUAGGUUAUGGCUAUGGCUGUGGCUAUGGCUGUGGCUAUGGUGGCUAUGGUUAUGGUUGCUGCUACCCACUGUGCUGCAGAAGGUACUGGUCCUAUGGUUUCUACUAA